AUGGAGGAGGCGGACACACAAGUGGAGGAGGUGGACGCACUUGAGGAGGCGGAUGUACUUGAGGAGGCGGAUACACAAGUGGAGGAGGCGGACGCACUUGAGGAGACAGACGCACAAGUGGAGGAGGCGAACGCGCUUGAGGAGGCGACAGACGCACUUGAGGAGUGUGGACGCAUGGAGCAGCUUCUGCCUCCAGUCCUCCACGCGACCACGCCCCAGCCAGCAGCUCCAUUUACGCUCCCUCGUUCUCACAACUCUUCAAUUCUUCAUCUAAGAUCCGCAGAUUCCCAUCCCAUUAGAACUCGUCCAUCACCACUGUCGCCCCUAGCCCGGCACUCCGUCACUCCAGAACCAGAACAAAAGAAUACUGGCAGGCAAGCAGGGUCACCUUUUGAUUCUCAAAGGGCAGAACCAUCCCAGAAGCUGUCAGUGCCAACUCCGCAGUUGGAUAUGCGACGGGCUGAAUCAUCUAGACAGCAUGUGACGGCUCUCAAUACUCAGUUUGCGAGACUUCUUAUUUGAAUAUUUGCUACUACCACCAAGAUCUG